CAACACUACAAAUCUAUUACAUUUAUUGAGGUCUUCGACAUAGGGAAUGGUUUGAGAUGGCGUCACUGCAGCAUAUGCCACAAUGUUCAUCUCAUAGCAAUGGCAUUAGGAGUGUGAUGCACAGUGACCCUGUUAGACCUGGAACACCCUCCUUCCGCAUAGUCUCAACACCUGCCGUCAAUCCAUCCCCCACUUUCUCUGAUGCCUUUGAAGAAGAGGAGGUGUUGUUCGAGGAUGUACUCUCACCUAAAAAACUGGGUGUCACGGGUGAAUACAUUCCAGUCAUACCAUCGGGCCAGGACCUUCAGGACGAGCUGGACGGUUAUUUGUGUGGCGAAAUUCCUCUUUUUCAUAUGAGGCAGCUGUCAGGAUACUCGGAUUUGAGUCACGUGAUAUCUCUGGAUCUUAUUGUGGAUACCUCUGAAAGCAGUCUUGGGUCCCUUGGCAACUACCUGCCCAACAUUAGGGAACUUAGGUUGUCAGGAAGUAGGAUUUCCUCAGUAAGAGAUCUAGGGACGACACUACGUUCCCUACAAGUAUUGUGGAUGAGUAGAUGUGGUCUCCAGGACUUGGAUGGUAUAGGUUCUAUUGGAACACUCAGGGAGCUGUAUCUAUCCUACAAUGAGAUCAGUGACGUGAGCCCUCUCAGUAUGGUCGAUACUUUGGAGCUUGUUGAUAUUGAAAGCAACAACGUUGACUCCUUAGACCAGAUAGAAUUCCUCUGCAUGUGUCCCAACCUAUCAACCCUGAACAUAGAGGGUAACCCAGUUACCUCGCUCAUGAGUCCUGUUGAGCUGAGGAAGAAGAUAUGUGUGUUGUUACCCGAGCUGAGAUAUCUAGAUGACCAGCUACUGAAGGGGCAGUUAUCCGGCGGAUCACUUACUACUUCUUCACAUCCGCUCCUGGGAAAUACGGGGAAUUUACAGUCUGAGAUAUCGGUGGUUAAUACUUCUUUAAAAGACACCAUGUCAGAGGCUCAGAGACGUCCUAAAUCUGCUAAAUUAGAAAGAGAAGAUACCUCUUCAUCCAUUCCCUCUCCUACUCCCUCUCCAGGUAUACCCCCGGAUCACAGUUCAGGACUGACACAAGGAGCUGUGAUAUGUGGUCCUCCAAGUAAACUCCGAACUAAACUCACUAAAAACGUUAAAGAGAAUAUCUACUCUGACAUUCUGGAAAAAAGUGCACCUCCGACACCGGUGGGAGCGUGGAGUGAAGAUCCUGAUGAAAUGUUACAAGAGUGGAAAACCAGCAGAGACUGGUUAUCUAGAGAGCUUACUAUUGACAGUGUUAACGAAGAGAAUACUAAAUCUGAGAAAAGGGCAAACUACGAAGCAGCACUGCGUGAAACAAGUCGUCCCAGCUCUUCCCGGAAACUCUCUCGUCCCACCAGCGCAGCGCGCAAAUCACCAACAAACCCAUCUCCGGUACCAAAAUCCGGCAAAUCAAGGACUCCUACAUUUUACGAUGAGAGUGUUGAUGUUGAGGAACGUGCGGAUAAAAGAGUUGCACGUGACAAUCAUGUGCCCAAAAAAUCUGCACGUGAGCAGCGCGUUGGGAGUGGAUCACGGGAACAGCGUAGUGGUUCACAGGAUCGUCGUAGUGGUUCACAGGAUCGGCGUAGCGGUUCUCUUGAUCGACGUAGCAUUGAUCGCUCCAAAGGUAAGGAGAGACUAUCGAAAAAUGAACUCUGUGUCAAGCAGUUCAGAACUACCAAGACGAAGAAAAUCAGUUGAAAGAACGAAAGGCAGCGUUAGUCUGGACCCAGAGUUACUAAGUAAUCCACGCAGCCCCACAGAGUUACUAAGUAAUCCACGCAGUCCGACAGAGUUACUAAGUAACCCACGCAGCCCUCUAAAUGCCAUUUACAGACCUACAUCUGGGGACUCUUCUCGUCCAGAGAUGAGAGCAUUGCCGACCCCUCCCGCUGCUGGCAAAGUUAUGUCGUCGAGGUUCAGACGACUAAAAGUGUCCAUCGAGGACCAAGUUACCCAGCAGUCCACAGUUGAUGUACUGUAUAGUGAUAGAAUGCCUAGACCUGGCCUUAAUCGUCAUAGUAUGGCUCUUCCAAAAGCACCCGCUGGCAAGUAACUCCUUAUUGGUAUUUUUCAAACUAUUACUUGGCUGGGUCGUGUGAUGGUGAAAGUUUCGUUAUUGAAUCGAGUGCUAUUUAGGGCCCACCCCCGAUUUUUACUUUGAAGUGUAUAUAAUUUGAUAAUUGUAAAAUUUGUUUUGCGUAUAAUAUAAUAACGAUAGUUGUUUGUUAUGAAA